UCUAUUCAAUUGAACACUUUGCUUUUUUUUGCUUUAGAAAAAUGAAUUGUCCAUUUAAUGGAAGCUGGUCCAGGAAUGAUGAUGUUGCCACGCCUUUAAAUACACAAGUUGGUAAAAUUUAUGGAGAAUAUCUGUUGUUGGAUAAAAUCCUGACGGCUCAAUGCAUGCUUUCUAAAGAGGAUGAUAGACCAGUUCACGAUGAACACUUGUUUAUUAUUAUACAUCAAGCAUAUGAACUCUGGUUUAAACAAAUUAUUUUCGAGCUGGACUCCAUACGUCAAAUGUUAAAUGAAGAAAAAAUCGAAGAAACUAAAACGUUAGAAAUAUUAAAACGUCUCAACCGAAUAGUUCUUAUACUAAAGCCGCCGUUGAGUGGACUCAACCAGCUUUACAGUGUCCUGUGCGUUUAUUUUUUGCAAUUCUUCCUUGAUGGCGAAUAUUAUUUUCCAAAUAAACCUACAGAUGUUCUAAAGGACUAAGGUCUGGUGAUUCUGAUAGUGUUUGAAGUUGCUGGGAACAUGGUUCAGCAGCCAAAUCCGUACGAUUGCUGCUGUAAGCAAAGAGUCGUUGUCCUGCUGAAACAAAAGAAUUGCCGCAAGCUCAAAUAUUCUGCCAUUUUCUUUGAAAUUUGUUUUUAGGAUAUUUAGAUACCCAUAUUUAUUCAUUAUAUAUAUAUAAUUUACGGCUAUAUAACCCUAAACCAUUACGGCUC